GUUUGCUCGAUAAUUCCGCUUUGAGUUGCAGCGGCGGCGUCGGAACCGCAGGCGCCGCCCAGCAGAGCCCGGCCGAACACUGGACGCAUUAAUAGCCCACGGAGCUGCGCUGAAGACCCACAGCAGAGGACCGAGCUGCCGAGUUUCCAGGAUGAGGAAAAUCACAGCUAGAACCUUCCUGCUGGUCGGAGUUUUUGGCCUCUUGAUCCUGCAUCUCUGUAAAGAUUUUAUUGAGCGCAAAACAGUCCAACUUCCUGUAGAUGGGCAAGAAGACAACAGGAACAUAAGGGAACUUCACAAAAAUGACUCCUAUGUGUCCUUGUGGCUAAAAUGUGAGCAGAAUACUUCAGCUGCAAACGUCACAGGCUUCAGCUCUCUUCCUGGUCAUAUACAAGACUUCCUCUACUACAGACACUGUCGCCAUUUCCCCAUGUUGCUGGAUGUUCCUGACAAAUGUGGAGGAGCUUCUCAGUCAGCAGAAGUCUUCCUUCUACUGGUCAUUAAAAGCUCCCCUGUGAACUACGACCGCAGAGAGGUGCUGCGUAAAACCUGGGCUGAGGAGAGAGAACAAAACGGUGUGUGGAUCCGAAGGCUCUUCAUCUCAGGAACCAUGGAUUCUGGUCAUGAGAAGAACCGACUGAACAAACUACUGGAACUGGAGCAUCGUGAGUACAAUGACAUCCUCCAGUGGGACUUCAGUGACUCCUUCUUCAACCUGACCUUGAAGCAGAUCCUCUUCCUGGAAUGGAUGGAAAGAAACUGUCUAAAUGCACGUUUCCUGUUUAAUGGUGAUGAUGACGUCUUUGCCAACACAGACAACAUGGUCCAGUAUCUCCAAGGCCUUGAUGACAAUGAUGGGAGUAAACAUCUCUUUACUGGUCAUCUGAUCCAAAAUGUUGGACCCAUUAGAUCACAAGGAAGCAAAUACUUUGUCCCAGUCCAGGUGCAAGAGUCAGAGUCAUACCCUCCUUACUGUGGUGGCGGAGGCUUUCUCCUGUCUGGCUACACAGCUAUGGUCAUAUACAACAUGUCCAAGUCCAUCACUAUUCUUCCCAUUGAUGAUGUUUACAUGGGCAUGUGUCUGGCCAAAGCAGGACUUGGUCCGAGUUCCCAUAUGGGUGUGAAGACUGCAGGACUGUACAUUCCCUCCAGCAAAAUAGAUACGUAUGAUCCUUGUUAUUAUAAAGAGAUCAUAUUGGUUCACAGAUUCCUCCCAGCUCACAUGUAUCUUAUGUGGCACAGAAUACAUGACCCCAAACUAAAAUGUGGUCUAUAAUAGAAAAGUGGUAACUCCUGCAACUUUUACUGUACGCUGUGAUUUCAUGGGCACUAAAAAAGGGACUGAGUCACUGGAAAGAGACCUGGUGCAUGUACCUGGUUAUACACUAUGUUGUAAAAUUGCUGUAGAUUGAUGUCACUAGGCCCAGACACUGAUCCAUAAUAUGUUCAGCCACAUAAAUAAUAUUUAUAUCCUCCCACGCAAUAAAAACAUUUAAAAUGUUUGAUCUUGGGGCGGCACGGUGGUGCGGUGGGUAGCACCGUUACCUCACAGCAAGAAGGUUCUGGGUUCGAUUCCCUGAGGUGGCCCCUAGUCCCUUUCUGUGUGGAGUUUGGAUGUUCUUUCCCUAUUUUUCUCUCCGGCUUCCUCCCACAGUCCAAAGACGUGCAUUAGGUUGAUUGGACUGUCUCCAUUGCCCGUAGGUGAGAGUGUGUGUGUGAAUGGUUGUCUGUCUAUGUGUUGCCCUGCGAUGGACUGGUGACCUGUCCAGGGUGUACCCUGCCUCUCACCCACAGCCAGCUGGGUUAGGCUCCAGCACCCCGUGACCCCGCAUUAGGGAGUAAGCGGCUUGGAAAAUAAAUGGAUGGAUGUUUGAUCUCUCUGGUGCAAUAUUUAAAUAUAUAUAUUUACAUAUUUUUAUAUUUUUUCUAAAUAUAUCUGAAAUUUAUACCAAAACCUUUUUCAAUUCAACCAAAUUUCUAAGAGUUUGUUCGACUGGUGAUGUAAAGGUUUACUGUAGUAGUACCUACUGUAAAUACUUGAAUGGGUGUUUUGCUCAAAGGGUGUCUAUGCGUGGGGUUAAAUGACAGAUUUAGCAAACAAUCAUAAUCAAGAGUCACUAUCAGUCUAUACAAGGCUCACCUGGUCAAGGUAGCUUUUGACAGCUUGAACUAUUGCUUAUGUCUAUUGUAAAGUAAAAUUCUGGGUCUUUUUUACAGUGGAAAUUAUUUUAUUUUCAUGCUGCUAAGAAGAGUUUAUUGUGUUGUAUCCUGUGUUAUUUUCUGUCUACACCGGAUUAAAUUAUGUGCUAUCA